AUGCAGACGAAUCAAGCAUCGCGUAAGAGAGCUGCACCGGGCACGUCACCUAUGCCACCACUCGCGCCCCAGCAGCAGAACUUAAAUUUUCAGCAGCCCACAGGCAAUGCAGAUUUUGGCAGUUACGAUUUCUCGCAACCAUUCAAUGCCGAGCAGACCUUUGGCGACGCCUCGAUAGCGAUACCGCAAGAUGCCAACAACUUCUCGUAUAUGCAGGAUGCAGCGCUGCAACCCGCGUAUGGCACAGCUGUCGCACCAGUACCCGUACAAUCUACCGAUCUUGUGCGACGGGCCCGAAACCAUCCGCUUGCACCGCAGAAUGGGCAGGAUCAAGACCAAUGGAUGAGCAUGGGUGGUAACAGUAGGGGUGCGACCGUGAGCGAUGAGGAUGAACAAGAUCUGGAUAUGAAAGUUGCACUGGCCAAGAGGGAUGCGCAAGGCAAGCGGAAGCAGAUUCCGCCAUUUGUGCAGAAGCUUAGCAGCUUCUUGGAUAGUAGCCACACAGAUCUGAUUAGAUGGUCAGAUGACGGACGUUCGUUCAUUGUUCUGGACGAGGACGAAUUCGCACGGACAUUGAUACCGGAACUAUUCAAACACAACAACUAUGCCUCAUUUGUUCGCCAGCUGAACAUGUACGGCUUUCACAAGACAGUAAACAUUACCGACGGCUCGCUCAGGCAGUCCGAAAAGGCUCGAAAAGGGGUGAAGCCUCCUAGCAUGUACUCACAUCCAUAUUUUCGAAAGAAUAGACCGGAUCUGUUGUGGCUUAUACAGAAGCCAACUACCAAGCCUGGUGUCAAGAGGAAGCGGGAUGGAACAGUCAAGGAUCAAUUCGACAGCGACGAUGAGCGGCAGUAUUCACCUCCUGUCGGCGGAAAUCCCAUCAGUGGUGUCAUCGGAGAAGUUAGUGGGUCUGGCGCAAGUCAGGACGUGGCGACUCUUCCACGUAACGAACUGGUGACUGUACGCCGAGAGCUGCAAAAGCUACAAAAUCAGCAACGAUAUAUCUCGCAAAUGAUUUCGUCUCUAAAGGAGCAGAACGACCAAUUCUACCGACAAGCAAGUGCCUUCCAAGCACUGCAUGAUCGACACGAGAACAGUAUCAACGCCAUUCUGACAUUCCUCGCAACCUUCUACAACAGAAGCCUCGAAGGUCAUGGCGCGCAAAACCUGGUCAACAUGUUCAAUAACGUUGCGCAAAGUCAGCAACCUCAGGGAAGUGUCGAGGAAGUGCCCGAAGGCGCAACAGAUAGUGGCAACAGAAUGCCACGGUUCUUCAAAAAACAACCGCUACUACUACCUGGCCCCGUAACAAAUCUGCAAAGCCAAAGUCCGCAACAGCCUGGCAUAGCGGUCACAGCGCCACCAUCAGCACGAACGUCCAUAAGCCCACCUCAUGAUGGUUCGAAGCGUGAUAGCACAUCUAGCGUGCCACCACAAAAUGCUUGGAAAGCCAGUACGAGUACCAAUCCCGUCAUCAAAGAUGACGCGCCAACGCCAAACCUCCUCAACACUGUGCCAGAGAACGAUGAGAUGAUGAGCCUGAUCAAUGGUAUCAAUGCCACGAACGCCUCCACUCCAAGCACAGCCGCACCUGCCUUUGACUUCAGCUCAGCACUAGAACACUAUCAGAACGCCAACGGUAACGCACCGCUAACUCCACAACAACGGGAUACCAUGCUAGCACUCAUGGCCAAUCAACAAGCGAGCACCAACACAGCCGGCAGUAACGGCAACAACGCUCUCGUCUCCCCUACACCACCCACAAUGCCCGAUCUGAACCAAUUGAAAGAGACACAGCAACAACUCGAAAUGCUCACCAACCUCCAGAAAGUCCAAGACGAGAAGGUGCAAGAGCUCAAUCGCAGACUUCAGCCUCUCAGCCCUACGGGUAGUAUCCCGGGUAUAGCGAAGUACGGCGACGAGGACCCAUUCAACAUCACCGGUGCCCCAGGCGAUUACGAUCCCAACGCCUUCGUGAACUUCGACGAUGAAGGCUGGGGCGACAUUUCCGCCGCGAAUAGUGCAAAUCCAAAUUUCGACUUCAGUGCUGGCAAUAGCGGCGGCGAGAUGGGCGAUGGGAUCGACUGGGACUUCGGCAAUAAUGCAGCAGGCGACGAUAUGUUUCAACUUAACAACGAUGCUGUUUCUCAGGCUCAGGCUCACGCAGCAGCGGGGGGGUCGGCGCCGCCUAUGGAGGAUCAUCAUCAUGGCGGAAGUGGGCAUGGAAGGGUGGAGAGUUUGAGUAGUGAGGCAACGAGCCCGGCGCAUACUGUGGCUGAGCAGGAGGAGCCUGGGUCGACGCCUAGGAAGCGGGCGAGGAGAUCUUAG